UUAUAUCUUCUAUAUGUAAGUGACUAUAAAGGCUGGACAGCCCUGCAUCAUGCUGCCUUUGGAGGAUACACUCGCACAAUGCAGAUAAUAUUGGAUACUAAUGUGAAGUGUACUGACAAAGUGGAUGAGGAAGGGAACACAGCUUUGCACCUAGCUGCAAAAGAAGGACAUGCGAAAGCAGUAAGGUUACUUCUUGACUACGGUGCAAAAAUUCUGUUGAACAAAGCAGUAGCUUCUUUUUUCCACGAAGCAAUACACAACAGGAGGAAAGAUGUAGUGUCAGCUGUGAUUUUGCAUAAAAGAUGGGAAGAAGCUGUUCUGACAUUCUCUCACUAUUCUAGUGCCAAUAAAUGUCCUUUGCUGGAAAUGAUUGAGUAUCUUCCUGAUUCAUUUAAACUCGUUUUGGACAACUGCAUAAUAGAGUCUUCAGAGGAAAAGACAAGUCGAGACUUCUAUAUUGAAUACAACUUCAGAUAUCUUCAGUGUCCCCUGACACUUAACAAGAAAUUAAAGGAAAGUGAAGAUAUUUUCUAUGAACCGCUUGCCAUUUUAAAUGCCAUGGUACGGCACAAUCGCAUGGAGCUACUUAGUCAUCCCGUGUGCAAAGAAUAUUUGCUAAUGAAGUGGAUGGCUUAUGGUUUUCGAGCACAUCUAAUGAAUUUAGGCAUUUAUUCUCUUGGUUUGAUACCAUUGACUCUUCUGGUCACCCACAUACAGCCAGGAAGAUCUUUGAAUGGGACAGAAAUCUAUGAAGCAAGACCAUUAGAGUAUGAGGGCUCAUACUUCACAAGAGUGUGUAUGUGUUUAGUUUUAAUUAUGAGCUUACUGGGAAUUUGCAAAGAAAUAUUUCAGCUCAUUCAGCAGAAAUUGAAAUAUUUGUUGGAUUACUCCAAUCUAUUGGACUGGACAAUUUAUAGUACAAGCAUAAUUUUUGUGUCUUCUUUAUUUAUUAACACACCAGCUCAUUUGCAGUGGGAAUGUGGAGCAAUUGCUGUAUACUUGUCUUGGAUGAACUUCUUGCUUUAUCUUCAGCGAUUUGAAAAUUAUGGCAUUUACGUUGUGAUGUUCUGGGAAAUUCUGAGGACUUUGAUUCGGAUCGCGGUCGUUUUCUUUUUCCUGAUAUUGGCCUUUGGACUGAGUUUCUUUGUCCUUUUGGGUUCACAGCAAACAUACAGCACUCCACUGCUUUCUGUAAUGAAAACAUUUGCAAUGAUGCUGGGAGACAUAAAUUAUCACGAUGCAUUCCUUGAUCCAUUACUGAGCAGUGAAUUGCCAUAUCCAUUCCUGAGUUACACAGUUCUGAUUAUAUUUACUUUGCUUAUUCCAAUCCUACUUAUGAACUUGCUAAUUGGUUUGGCUGUUGGGGACAUAGCUGAAGUGCAAAAAUAUGCUGCCCUCAAAAGGAUUGCAAUGCAGGUUAAUCUUCACACAAACUUAGAGAAGAAGCUGCCAUUUUGGUUCCUAAGUCGAGUGGACCAGGAAUCAAUCACAGUCUAUCCUAACAGACCAAGAUACUGUGGAUUUAUGAGUGUAUUCCAGUAUUGCUUUGGGUGUGAGGACUCUACCACAGAUGCACAGAGCACUGAUACAACAUUAGAAUUGGAAGUUCUGAAGCAGAAAUACAGGUAUACGUUUUCUUAUUACUGUAGCAGUAAGUAGAGCCCUG